UUGUUGCAUUUGCGACCCUAAAGAGAUAGAUCAAAACAAUUUCAAUAUCAAUAGCCAAAGCUCUGAUCAGAGCACUGCUCACAAAAUGAUGGAUAAUGAUCAUACUAUUCCUACCGAAGGGAUAUCUUUGUGCACUGCUCAGACUUAGAACAAGAUGAUCUAGGCAGAUUGAGAUGAGAAGUGACAAUAGAAGAACUAUCGAUGUAACCUCUGCAAUGCAGAAGCAGACAGAGUUUGAGUAUUCUGACAAAUUCGACAAAGAGACUGAUGAUAAGCCAAAAGAGAGACUACCAGAGCAAGUACUAGAAGGCGGUUGAAAAUACAACGGAGAAUGGGCAGAAGGGAAGAUGCAUGGAAGAGGAACCAUGACUUGGCCAGACGGUUCUAGAUAUGACGGUUAUUGGAGGAACGGUAAACCUAGCAUCUGAGGAAGAGUCAUCCAUGCAAAUGGAGAUGUCUACAAAGGAGCCAUACUUCUUGACAAAGCUAAUGGCUAUGGCGACUUUUACCAACUUGAAGGAGCAGAGUACUCAGGGUCCUGGAAAGACAAUCUUCAGCAUGGUAAAGGUCAAGAAUCUUGGCCAAAUGGCGUCCAAUAUAUUGGUGAUUUUAAUAAUGGCUUGAAAGAAGGCAUAGGCAAAUUUAUUUUUGCUGAUGGAGCUGAAUAUCAUGGCCAACUUUACAAUAAUGAUAUUCAUGGCAAAGGCACUUAUAAAUGGCCAGAUGGCAGAAUUUAUGAAGGUGAUUGGAUAAAAGGAAAAAUGCAUGGUAAAGGAGUCUUUACAUGGAAAAAUAACAGAAGGUAUGAAGGACAAUACAUAAACAACCUCAAGAACGGUUUAGGAACUUUUAGUUGGCCAGAUGGAAGGAUUUAUAUAGGCCAAUGGAAGGAUGGAAAGCAAGAUGGUUACGGGAAAUUCUACCAGCCAGAAGGAUUAAAAAUCCAGGAACAAAAGAACGAAGAAUUCACUCCUAAACUGCUCAAUAAGUAUUCUCUUAAAAAGCAAAAUUCCAAUUCCUUCCAUGGAACAGUUAGCGAAAAUAUCGAUGAUAACUUCCAAUAUGGCAAAUGGAAGGAUGGAAUACGCGAAAGAUGGUGAACAAGAGAAGAAGCUCUUGAAGGAGGAUUCUCUUAAGCCUUUUCUUCUCUUUAUUUAACGGAUACUUAUAUGUCUUUGAACCAUAAUAUAAUUUUA